AUGAGAGAACGUCGUUCAAGAUCACGGUCGCCUGGUACAGUAGACCGGCGCAGUCGAUUACAUUCGGAUCGUGCAAAACGUAUACCAUAUGGUCCACAGACAGAAGAUUAUAGCAAAAUUCUUGAAUGGCAGUCUCGGGAAGGGGAGUUCAUGCUUUCUCAGGCAAAAAAACGAGCAGAACUGCGUGUACAGAAUGGCAGAGGUGCACCCAUCGAUAUUCUUGCAGUGCAUCUGCGUAUUGUUGAUGUAGCAAGUGGAAUGAGUGAAGAACGCCCAGAACAUGCAGAAGUAGUGCUUCAUGAACCGGUUGCGUAUUUAGAGACAUUAGAUAUAGAGAAGUUAGAGACACUGAAGGAUGAAAUAGCAGAAUAUUUAGAGUGGGAAACAUCUAAGGAUAAUCGUGUAUUUUGGGAGGCAGUAGAGGUGAUUCGGCAAGCACGGUUAACACAGUUACAAGCAGAAGAUGAUGGGCGGUUUCGGUUAUCACGGUCGGUAGAGAAACAAGUGGAUGCAUUGUUUAAGGGGAAAACACUGGAAGAACUGGAAGUUUUGGAAAAGCAAGUUGAAGAGAAGUUGCAAAGUGGAACGGUGAUUGAUAUUGAUUAUUGGGAAAAGAUGCGGGAGUGUGUUGGUCUUUGGAAAUCAAAGGUAGUUCUUAAAACGCUUCAUGAACGGAUUUUGCAGUUUCGACGAGAGGCGCUUCGGAAUCAGCAACUUUACAAUGCUAGAAUGGACCGUGAAGCGCUUAAAAAUGUUUAUAAUAAGUGGUUGUGUAAUCCUACAAAUUUUGUAUCUGAUAUGUCAACAUAUCUUGGUGAUAUUACCCAACAAGGAGUUGAUAUCUAUCAAGCAAGCAUGGAUCCAAAACCACAGCCUGUUUUAACUUAUGAUGAUAAGAAAUGUAUUCGUAUUCAUUUAUCAGCUUAUACGGAUCAAUUGAUAACUAACCGAGAGCGGGUUUUGCAUACGGGAUUCGUUCCUGUUAAAACGGUUGUACCAGUAUUACCAGCAACAAAGCAACCUGUAAAAAAUGUUCAAGAUGUUAAUGACGAUUCGUUUGCUGCAGUUACAAACGCUUUAUAUGAGAGAGAAGUUGCAAAAGGCGAAAACGAUGAUGAGGAAUUGUUUAAUGUUGAUGAAGAAAUUACUCAGGUAACUCCUAGCUGGGCAGAUAUUCAUCGACCUCGAAAACCCAAGUUUUAUAACCGAGUACAAACAGGAUAUGAUUGGAACAGGUAUAACCAAGUACACUAUGAUGCAAAUAAUCCUCCACCCAAAGUAGUUCAGGGAUACAAAUUUAAUAUUUUUUAUCCCGAUCUUAUUGAUAAAACAAAAGCACCUACAUACAAAAUUGAGCGAAACCGUAAAAAGCCAGGCGAUCAAACUUCUGUUUCUGAAGAUGAGACUUGUCUAAUACGGUUCAUUGCGGGUGCUCCAUAUGAAGAUAUUGCUUUUCGUAUUAUUGAUAAGGAUUGGGAUUAUAGUGCUAAGCGAGAAAGAGGAUUCAGGAGUUCGUUUGACAAGGGUGUCUUGCAUUUAAGUUUUCAAUUUAAAAAAAAAAUAAAUUAUCUAUCUUUAGAAUCAAGAAGAAAUGCAUAA